AUGGCCCGCUCUAAGAAAAAAGACGCCUCCAAGAAAGGUGGGGGCGAGGUCGCGGGUGAAGGUGCCGGGAAUGCCAGUGAAUAUCAGAUCACCAAUGAACAAUUAAAACAGCUGAUGGAACUACGCGGCAAGGACUUGACCGAGAAAUUGAAUGCUGACUACGGCGGCAUAAAAGGACUUCUCGAAAAAAUCAAAGUCGACGGUCAAAAAGGCUUGGAGUCAGAUAAUAAACAAGAUCUCGAGAAUCGUCAAAAAGUAUUCGGAAAAAACGAGAUACCGCCGAAACCGAUGAAAAGCUUUCUUUAUCUGUGUUGGGAAGCGUUGCACGACAUGAUGUUAAUUAUUCUACUCGUUUGUGCCGUUGUUUCCAUCGGACUAUCUUUCUAUCAUCCACCGCACGAUACAGCUUCGACGACAACAGUAUCGGCAGACACCACAAGCUCACCUAGCAGUGAUGAAAAUGAAGGUAAUAAAGCAGGAUUAUUCUAUUCGCAUUCGCUUUUUGAAAGGUGCUAA